AUCCGUAAUCAAACAACCUCUAUCGAUCCUGAUUAUGAGCCUCUUGGAGAUGCCCUAUCGGUAAUCGAUCGGAUGUUGGUAAGCAUCAACGAGAGCAAGAGAGUAGGAGCAGAAAGUGAAGCGAUUUUCAAGAAGAUUGAUGACUUGCCGAUGACCGAAAAAUUGGGUGAUAGUGUUACCUGUGGAGCAUUUCUGCGAAGGAAAACUGCGAAAACUAUGAAAUUCAUCGAGUACUGCGAUCUGAUCAGAAUUCGAGCUGUGAGAAUUAUUCUGAAUUCAGAAGAUGAACGCAUACUAGUAAUUGUUGUACGAAAUCCGACGAAAGAUGCUGAAUGGUGCGUGCAAAUCGUUUAUCCAGACGAUAUGAUCAAUCAAUUUCUGAUGAAACUCGUCGAAGAAGUGGAUAUUGAGUUUUUUUUUCCAAAUCCUUUUGUUUGUGUGUCGUAA